CUCAGGUCCACGAGUGAUGUAAUGUCUUCAGGGACGAUCACCUCUGGGUGUCUUGCAGGGAACAGGUCUCAAAUCUUACUGCUCUGCUUGCAUUUUUCCCACAUGCGAUUGUGUCUGAAGAGUUUGAUGGGUCAGCCCAGUCACAGAAAGUGGCCUGGACAAGGAGGGUGACGCCUCGCUCGCGCUUCUCUGCAUUGAACGCCACUCGGGAAGUGUGGGGAAGAGGAGACCACAGCUGCCUGCAGACAAGAGUCUCUCCUUGCACGGGGGCGCUGUGGUCUCUCGAAGACUCGGGGCGCCCUGCUUGUCUCCGGGAGGGCUCGGGGGAGAUAGGUGGUCUCAAGCUGGGCCACAAACCUCCCUGAACGACUUGUCCAGCCCACCCAGGGGUCUCACAGGGGCCUCGGGACACCUCGGAGCCCCAGCCUGCAGCUCCACUUGCUCCAAUGAGGGGAACGAACGUCUAAAUGUCCUGGUGGACGCUGUGGUCAGUGCCGCCGGCAGCUGUGGGUCAUGCGGGCUCCUUCCCAGUGGGAAGGUGUGGCCACGUUCCACUUCAAAAAAAAAUUUUUUUAAACUCACCUUUGCCAUGUCUGCUUGGCCAUCAUCUCUGAGGAAAACAUCAUUCCAUUAAGAAUGUUCUCAUUUUCCAUAAAACAAUAAACAUCCAAGCUCCACCUAAGUGAAAAGCAAGGCACACGCAAAUGCCACCGGUUCUCCAAAAAGUGCUUCUUCUUCAUGGUCGCCCAAAAUAUCUCCACGUGCUGUGUGACAACAUCGACCCUAACUCAGUUACAGUUCAUGUUUCCAGGGCACGAUGUCUGGUCUGAGGCCGCACCCGAUACUGGAGACUCCAAGGGGCUGUGUGGCCAGAGCAGGGCACGCCUGCACCCAGAACUCUUCCCUAAGAUUUCCCCCGAGAGGAAGUGGCUUCUGAAGAAGUUUCUAGCUAAAAUCAGUUUCCAUAAAGCUCCCUGACCUCAUGACCAAGGUGGACAGAACCCGUGGCUAACGGGCACCUCGCAGCCGCUCCUCCAUCACCGAUGAGCUGCGACUGUCCAGGUGCCUGGUGUCCCCGACGCUGCGAUGCACCCCCGGGACCUCCCAGCACCUAGGACACCUCCCAGCUGCUCCCCAGCAGAGGCAAGUGAGAGACAAGCCGCACUUACUCCCGCAUCUGUGUGGCUGGAGAGUUACCGUCUGCAAUGGAAGGACACUGCGUGUGGUCUCCUAGACCACCAGGCCCUCCGAGUUGGACCACCUUCCACUGUCACUCUGAGCCUCGCACCCACUGCAGGUCGACUUCGUAGGGCACCCCGCAUAGGGCGGCGCAGCCCGUGCUUGAAGCAUCUAGACGCGAUGCGCUCGCCACGUGGCAAGGCCAUCUGUGUCAUUCUGAUGACCCUGGGUCUUCCGCAGAGUGAGCCGAAAGCUGAUUCAGUGCCAACUUGCCCUUCCGAUCCCAGCUCUUUCAUCUAGGGAAGCACAGCUCACGGAUUUCCCCUCCCACUCCAUCCUCUGGACCAAGGCCAGCCCACCUGGGCCCCUGUCUUUGUGCAGAACUCUGCAUUGCGAUGAAGUCACCCCCAGGGUGCCAGCUACAACAGCACAGCCAAGUAACCACACCUGCAAGCGUCACUAUCCAACCCUUAACAGGAAGUUCCCUUACUCCUGUUCCGUCCAACGCAAGCUUUCUCAGACUGCCGGAGGGGGUGCUGUUUCUGCUUUGCUGUGUUUUGCGCUUCUGACCAAGGCUUUUUCAUAAAAUCCAACACGAAUGAGUUCAAAAUAGGAAAUGAGACAAAGAGAAUUACAGAACAUAGAAGCCCAAGUGUCUUCUUAGACUCAAUGGACACAACAUUGCAUUCCAGUACGUACAAUCAGAACAAACAGAGUGAGAAAAAGAAAAGGAUUACAGAAUUCACAUUUGUCCUGAAAGUGUACAUAGGACAAGUAAUAUGAAGAAUUCUGAUUGUACUUCCAACUCUGUGGUUGUUCAGCUCUCAUAACGAAACAAAAGGUUUAUUUUGAGAUAGCGAUUCCCCGUGUUAAAUGCCUGUACUCAGACUUCAGCUAAACUCCGUGACUAUGAGUAUCCACGACCUUGAGUUUCUUGUUUAUCCUCUAGUUUAGGUUGGAUUGGCAACACUACUUACAGGAAGGAAUGUAUGUCUAAAAUGUUUUUUAUUCUUUGUUUUAAUAUUAAUCAUUAUAAAGAAACCAGUCUCACUAGUCACGUGUUGACUAGAAUCACAAAAGAGGUUUGAAAGUAAUUUUUGAAAGCCUCAGACUUUACUCCUCUUUAUGUUUUUUCAAAAUGAAAUGUGUUGCUGUGUUUUCGAAAUUCAUCAUUAAGCCUUCCUUACUAGCCAAUUUCAACAGUUAUCUUUCCGUAAAACCACAAACCCUGUACGUUGUACCCCUUGAGUUAUGGCAGGUCAAUUCAUCUUGUACAUGCUUUAAUGUGGACCUACUGUGCACAACACCUAAAACGGGCUCUACCCUGCUCUGUGAUACUAGUCCGCUGAUCAUGACCUUGGAGGGCACGGCCUGGCCAGAUGGUGGCAGACCUUGUAACGCCGACUGUCAGUGUCGGGUGACGAUUCGGAUGAGGAAGACCUCUGUAUCAGCAACAAAUGGACCUUCCAGAGAACCAGCAGGCGCUGGUCCCGGGUGGACGACCCGCACACUCUGUUUCUGGGGGGAGACCGCAGCGGGUCCUCGGGGGGCAUGAGGAUGAGAAACACCACCAGCAGUGAGAGCGUGCUCACGGACCUGAGCGAGCCCGAGGUCUGCUCCGUCCACAGUGAGAGCAGCGGGGGCAGCGAGGGCCGCGGCCCGCCGAGCAGCCAGGGCGCCGGCCGGGAGGCCUUCCCCUGCCCUGGCCAGGGCUGCUCCGACGGCCUGGCCAUGCUGGAUGCCACAGUCGUCAGCCCCAGCCUCCCACAGUCCCCCAAAGACAUAUCCAGCUACCCCUUCCACGCGAAGAAUGAGAAACCCAGCCGGACUAGGGCCAAGUCAUUUCUGAAACGCGUGGAGACGCUCCGAGGGAAAGGAGCCCCUGGGAGGCACAAGGGGCUGGGGCGGACAGGGGGCUUGGUGAUCAGCGGGCCCAUUCUGCAGCAGGAGCCGGAGUCCUUCAAAGCCAUGCACUGUGUCCAGGUACCAAACGGAGACCUCCAGAGCCCGGCCCUGGCCGCCUGGCCUGGAGGGGCCGCAGGCUCCAGCCCACGGAGUGGCGAGAGCAGCCCCUCCGAGCGUGGCAGCAGCGGUGGGCUGAGUGCACCCAGCCCGAAGGAGCGCAAGUGCCAGGAGGCACACAAGCGAGGGGGCAUGUACUUGGAAGACCUGGACGUGCUGGCCGGCACCACACUGCUGCGGGGCACCGCGGACCAGAACCACACGCACGAGUUCCAUUCCCAGGAGAACUUGGUCGUGCACGUCCCGAAGGAUCACAAACCGGGCACGUUCCCCAAGGCGCUGUCCAUCGAGAGCCUCUCGCCAACGGACAACAGCAAUGGGGUGAACUGGAGGACGGGCAGCAUCUCCCUGGGCAGGCAGCAGGGCCUGGAGGCCCGGGAGCCGGGGCUCAUGGCAUCCCGCCACAGGGCCAGCCGCGUCAGCAUCUACGACAACGUCCCCGGCUCCCACUUGUACGCCAGCACGGGAGACCUGCUGGACUUGGGGAGAGAGGACCUCUUCCCUCACUUGGACGACAUCCUGCUGCAGGUCAGCGGGCUGCAAGAGGUGGUGGAUGACUGGUCCAAGGACGUGCUGCCCGAACCGCACGUGGGGGGGGCCGUGCUGGGAAAGCCUGGCUUGUGCCCCUUCCCGCCGCCUCACCAGAUCGCCCUAGACUUCGAAGGCAGCUCCGUCUCCGAGGGCCAGACGACACCCAGCGACGCGGAGAGGGACGGCACUUCGCUGAACGGGUCGGAGGCCCCCGGGGCCCGAGAGAGGAGGGAUUCUGGGGUCGGGGCCUCUCUGACCAGGCCCAACAGGCGACUCCGGUGGGACAGUUUCCAGCUCUCGCACCGGCCGCAGCCCUCCACGGCCUCGCCGCACAUCAGCCACCUGAGCGCCGGGCAGCUGAGCCUGCUGCAGCGGGUGUCCCUGCUGCGCCUGACGGCCAUCAUGGAGAAGCACUCCAUGUCCAGCAGGCACGGCUGGACCUGGUCAGUCCCAAAGUUCAUGAAGAGGAUGAAAGUGCCGGAUUACAAAGACAGGACUGUCUUUGGUGUCCCCCUCAUCGUCCACGUGCAGAGAACGGGGCAGCCGCUGCCGCAGAGUAUCCAGCAAGCGCUGAGGUAUCUACGCAGCAACUGUCUGGACCAGGUGGGACUUUUUCGAAAAUCGGGCGUGAAGUCUAGGAUCCAUGCCUUGCGCCAGAUGAACGAGAACUUCCCCGAGAACGUCAGCUACGAGGACCAGUCUGCCUACGACGUGGCGGACCUGGUGAAGCAGUUCUUCCGGGACCUGCCCGAGCCCCUGUUCACCAACAAGCUCAGCGAGACCUUUCUCCACAUCUAUCAGUACGUGCCCAAGGAGCAGCGGCUGCAGGCGGCGCAGGCGGCCACCCUGCUGCUGGCGGACGAGAGCCGGGACGUCCUGCACACGCUGCUGUGCUUCCUGCACGACGUGGUCGGCCUGGUGGAGGAGAACCAGAUGACGCCCAUGAACCUGGCCGUGUGCCUGGCCCCCUCGCUCUUCCACCUCAACCUCCUGAAGAAGGAGAGUUCCCCCAGAAGCAUCCAGAAGAAGUAUGCCACCGGGAAGCCAGACCAAAAGGACCUCAACGAGAACCUGGCCGCCGCGCAGGGCCUCGCCCACAUGAUCGCAGAGUGCGACAGGCUGUUCGAGGUCCCGCACGAGAUGGUCGCCCAGUUUCGUGACGCGUACAUGGAGGCUGAGAUCCACGCCCCGACUCUGGAAGACCUGGGGACCCAGCUGGAGGACAGUGGGGCCACUUUCCACACCUACCUGGACCAGCUCCUCCAGGGCCUGCAGAAGGAGGCCAAGGAGAAGUUCAAGGGGUGGGUGACGUGUUCCAGCACAGACAACACAGACCUGGCUUUCAAAAAGGUGGGCGACGGGACCCCCCUGAAGCUGUGGAAGGCCUCGGCGGAGGUGGAAGCCCCGCCCUCGGUGGUGCUGAACCGCGUGCUGAGGGAGCGCCACCUCUGGGACGAGGACUUCGUGCAGUGGAAGGUGGUGGAGACCCUGGACAAGCAGACCGAAGUCUAUCAGUACGUGCUGGACAGCAUGGCCCCCCAUCCCUCCCGGGACUUCGUGGUCCUCAGGACCUGGAGGACUGACCUGCCCAAAGGAAUGUGCGCCCUGGUGGCCCUGUCCGUGGAGCAUGAAGAAGCCCAGCUCAUGGGCGGCGUGCGAGCCCUGGUGAUGGACUCGCAGUACUUGAUAGAACCGUGCGGCUCCGGCAAGUCGAGGCUGACCCACGUCUGCAGGGCGGACCUGAAAGGCCACUCCCCAGAAUGGUACAAUAAAGGCUUCGGACACCUGUGUGCAGCGGAAGUGGCCAGGAUUAGAAACUCUUUUCAGCCCCUCAUUGCGGAGGGUCCAGAAACGAAAAUCUGAGUCUUCCCCCACGUGACAUGCAACUCAGGGAAGAGGCAGCGAUGGCAAACCCUUGUGGGAGGGCGCGUGCUCGUGAGAAAGCAGGAGAGAGAACGGGGCACCGCUUAACCCGGAGACGCCGAGAGGGCGGAGUGCGGAUGGCGCAGGAGCACGUGCGCGCCUGCCCAGCCUUCCGGGAGGUGGCUACAUCGUCACUAAUAUAAUCUUUUAAAAAUUAAAGCAUUUACCUAUGUUCCUUAAAAUUAAGUGGAUUUUCUCCUUGUGCAUUGCCUAAUUUGCUAUUUAUAAGCUUCUAAGAAGCAUAUUCUUAACUGUAAAUAAAUGUAUGUAUAGCCUAUGUACAUGUGUGUAUAUCUCUCAUCUACUGUGUAUAUAUGUAAAGUACCCAUUUUAUAUAUAAUUGCAUAUUUUGAAACGCAUCUGACUUGCCCUUCCUUACCUGAUUCUUUCCAAGUGGCCCUCCCCCCCCCGCACCCCCAUCCUGUAAACAGAGCAGGAGCUGCUGCUAAGGCCAAGGUGUGACCCUGUGUCCGCUGUCGUCUGCCCUGAUGUUCAACCAAAGAUGAGCUAACCAAAGGAAAACAACGAGAAAAGGUUCUCCCGUGUCCGCAGGCUGUUUCCGUUAUUCAAAACCUGAGCGUCAAGGGGUGGGUAAAUCGAGGAAAGGAACAGUUACUUCUGUGAGGGCAAAGAAGUGGACGGGGCGGGAGUCCCAACCGGUCUAAAGCUGGAUUCUCAGGUGCUCCUGGUCCCCACCAGGUGCAGGUUCAGCAAAGUACCAGGAAGCCCUGAGGUCAGGGGAAGAGAUGACCCAGAGCCCCGCCCCACCCCUUAGAGCAGACCAGGGACACCUGUGCCCACUCUCAGCCAAAGGGAGGCUCUGAGCUUUGUCGAGUUGCCACAGAUACAUUUCCUGAUGUCCUUAAACGUCCUUCUGUUUGACCAGUGGCCUAUUCGGUCACAGUUAAUCGGCAUUUUCUUACCAGUGUAUUGCACUGAGUUCAACUCUGGACCCCAGACCAAGGGGGCUGAUGGUCAUUUAAGAGUCUUGAGCAUUCCAUCUUCAGAGGACUCUUAUUUUGUUAUGUGUGAUGCCCUAAAGACAGAAUUUGUUCAACUUUUGCCACCUGAAAGUCAGGGUUUGAAACUCACAUAAGACCAAAACUAUGAUCGUCCAUUAACUUCAGGAAAUGUGGGCAAGUUUGCUAAAUCCACGUUCCUUCAUCAGCCAGUCCAGCCACCUAGGCAGCGACCCAACCUUAUUUAUUAAGCUAUAGACUAAGCAAAUGGAGGCUCCUUAACCGAUUGCUAAUGAAUUUAAAUUGCUUUUUAUUGUAAUUCAGCAGUUAUAGAGACCAAGAUAAUUUAUUGUGUUUGGUUUCAGGGAGAUAGAUUUCUAAAUACAGAUUGGUAUCAUAAUUUAGCAACUGGGGUCAGAGGGGAGAAAAAACUUAAAUGUUUUCCCUUUUUUUAUAUUGUAUGCAUUUCUGUAAUGUUUUCUCUUAUCAACAUUGUGCAAUUAUUUUAUUGAGAGGAAUAAAAAUGCUAUAUAUAUAUAUAUAUGAGUUCUGUGUAGUGCAAGGAAAAUCAGACUGUUUGAAUUGAGACCUAAGAACAUUUCAUUUCCCUGACCUUUUGAGAAAGUGUCGGCCAAGCCGUAACUUUCCCUUUGGGCAAUGCUCCGUGAGCAAAACCAGGUCACUUCUGCCACCAUCUGAAAUCCAUACGUGCUGGGCGACUUGAAUGAGCAUAGACAAGGCUGUCGGUGAAGUAACCUGGGUAACACGGGCCCUGCUACAGAGACGGGGCCCUGCCUGUGCGGAGGCUGCGCUGGGCACCCAGGGAUGGAAGAUACUGUGUCUCCCAACGUAGCCUGCACGCACGUGCCCUGGGGAUGUUCUUCAGGGCCGGACUUUGCCCCAGACAGUGCGGGGUGGGCCUGAGGGUCUCAUUUCUCAUAGGCCCAAGGACCCACAAGAAGCAAGGACCUAGAGCAUUCUUAAAACAAUAAAAACAGAUAUGAUUAUAUUCCUGGCUCCCCUUCUCUUCAAACUACCCGACUUUUUAAAUUUCUUACUCACAUGUUAAUGACACCACUUCCACCUGACACCCCUGUGCCUCCAAAAAUAAAUGGAAAAGGAGGGGGAAGCUGUGUCAAGCUUGCGGGUCAAAUACCACAGUAUUUUUUUUAUUCAUUGCUACUUUGCCAAUGGAAAUAAAACAUGAUCUUGCAUUUAAAUAUUUUAU